UCCCAAUCCCACUUCCCCUCCUGUUCUGUCCCAAUCCCAAUCCCAAUGCUCCCAAUCCCAAUCCCAGUACCUCCCAGUCCAAAUCCCCAUCCCAGUUCCACUUCAGCCCCGUCCCAAUCCUAAUCCCAAUCCUGGCUCCGUCUCCAAUCCCAGUCCAUCCCAUUCCCAAUUCCCCUCCAGCCCCAUCCCAAUCCCAAUCCCAAUCCCAAUCCCAGUGCCCCACCGUCCCAAUCUCCCUCUCAAUCCCAAUCCCAGUGCCCCACUGUCCCAUCCCAGUAGAUCCCAGUCCCAAUCCCAAUUCCCCCCCAAUCCACUCCUGCUCUGUCCCAAUCCCAAUCCCAGUACCUCCCAAUCCCAAUCCCAGCUCCCCUUCUGCCCCAAUCCCAAUCCCAGUCCCUCCCCAGUUCUGUCUCAAUCCCAAUCUCAGUGUCCCCAAUCCCAAUCCCAUCCCAAUGCUCCCCAAUCCCAAUCCCAGUUCCCCUUCAGACCCAUUACAAUCCCAAUCCCAAUCCCAAUCCCAAUACCUCCCAGUCCCAAUCCCAAUACCUCCCAGUCCCAGUCCCAAUCCCAAUCCCAGUCCCAAUCCCAAUCCAAUCCAAUCCUCAUGCCAAUCCCAUGUCCCCCAAUCCCACUCCCAAUCCCAUUACCUUCCAAUCCCAUUCCCAAUCCCAUUGUCCCCCAAUCCCAAUGUCCCCCAAUCCCAUUCCCAAUCCCAUUCCCAAUCCCAAUGCCUCCAAUCCCAAUCCCAAUCCCAUUCCCAAUCCCA